AAAUUAUCAAAUUAAAUGACGCCCUCCUCCCCUUCUUCGCUCCGUAGCGCGUUCAUCCUCCACCACUUUCCACACGCACUACUGCAGUGAAAAAUUUCUUCCCCAAAAAAAUUUCGUUUAGGGUUCGUCUCGAUUCUCGAUUCUCGAAUCUUGCCGCAGAAUCCUGAAUCCCGCAUCUUCUCCCUCCCCCCACCACCACGCGCGGCGGAAUCCCUUCUCCCCCCCGUCGGGCGUCGCCGGUCAGCCGCCGUCGCUUUCCUGCGAAUCCCCGGUCUUCUCGGAUGAUGCCGCGGUAGCGACGCCGCCUCGCCGCGGGCGGUCCCCCCCGGGAGGAGGAGCCGCCGCCGAUGAUGAAGCGGCGGGCGCGCCACCUCUUCAGCAUCCUGCUGCUCGCGCUCCUCGCCGUCGCCCUCGCGUUCCGGGCCGUGCUCCGGCGCGGCUUCGUCGGCCCCUUCGAGCUCGAGCGGUACGGGCUCGCGGCGGCGCGGCGGCCCCCGGCGCCGGUUUUCAACUCCUCCUUGCUUAGGUACGCGGAGAUCGACGGCGCCGAUGAGAAGUUCAGGAGGGAGACCCAGCAGCUGUUGGACGGGAAGUUCCUCGGACACCCGCAGUUCAGGAGGUUCGCAGCUCGGAGGAGGUUCACCAACUUCGAGCCCAACGGGAGGAUUAACAUGGUUGUCCAGCUGUCGCUGGCGCCGAGGUAUCAGAGGUACGUGCAGGAUUUUAGGAGGAAUUUGCAGGAUUGGUCGAGGAAGAAGCGGUUCGAGCCUGAUGUAAUGAAUGAUUUGAUUAGACUAGUGAAGCAUCCGCUUGAUAGGCACGGUGGUCUGGUGGUCUCGGAUAGGAGGUAUGCGUCUUGUGCUGUUGUUGGGAAUAGUGGGAUUUUGCUGCAGAGCGAGAACGGGGAGUUGAUCGAUAGCCACGAGGCGGUGAUUAGGCUGAACAAUGCCAAAAUCAAGGGCUUUGAGAGAAAUGUCGGGUCGAAGACCACCAUUUCAUUUGUAAAUAGCAACAUUUUGCAUCUUUGUGCGCGGAGGGAACGUUGCUUUUGCCACCCUUACGGAGUGGAUGUUCCGAUCGUCAUGUAUAUCUGCCAACCAGUGCAUUUGCUCGAUUGUACGAUGUGUAACUCCUCUCACAAAGCGCCCUUGAUUGUCACUGAUCCGAGCUUUGAUUUGUUGUGUGCACGGAUCGUUAAGUACUAUUCGGUGCGGCGGUUUGCAAAUGAGACGGGGAAACCUUUGGAAGCAUGGGAUGCGUCACAUGAUAAGGUGUUCUUCCACUAUUCCUCGGGGAUGCAAGCCAUAAUGCUGGCUUUAGGAAUUUGCGACAGAGUCAGUGUUUUUGGCUUUGGGAAGUCGGAGUCGGCCAAGCAUCAUUACUACACCAAUCAAAAGGGCGAGCUGACUUUGCAUGACUACCGAGCAGAGUAUGAGCUCUAUCACGAUUUGGUUGAGAGGCCUCAAGCAAUACCAUUUAUUUCAGAUAAGUUCAAAUUUCCUCCUGUGACUAUCUAUCAGUGAAAUUGCACUGGUUGGUUUGUAUUUGUUUUCAGUUUUCGGUCUUUGAGGAAAUAGGUCAGUCUUUCAAUGUGUCAAGAUUGAAAUAACGUGCUCAUGUUGUAACUUGUAAUCUUCCACGGGAUAUUCAUGGAAUUAAAUGUCAGAAUAUGCAAAUUACAAGAUUGUUUAGAUGUUAGCCCCGUUCCUUCUUACAAGAUUGUCUUAGACGAAUAAAAGUUGGUUUACUCAUUUUGGUUA